AGCACCCCUUGGUUUAUGGCGUGCCAGCCUGGUAGAUUUCCUCUGCUUUCUUGGCCUGCUAGCUCCUUCCCCAUGUCUCCUGAAGCUCCCUAAGCCUUCUAAUUCUUGAUUUCCGAGAUAACUGGUCAGUAGUCUGUCAUUUGUUGGUUCAUGACAAUUCUUUGUGUGUCUUCCUUCCAGAUUCUGUAGAUAAUGGGAAGCAAAGGAAGAUUCAUCCUCGGGCUCUUGCUUAUCCUGUCUGUCCUCUGUGAUUCAGGUCAUAGCCUGAAGUGCUACAGCUGUCUCAAUCCAGGUGGUGAGUGUACUGUCAUCACCACCUGUUCGCCUAAUUUGGAUGCUUGCCUCUAUGUCAAAUCUGAGACACAAACAGUUUACCAGUGUUGGAAGUAUGACAACUGCAAUUUCACCUACAUCUCACAGGCCUUAUCAGAGUCAUCUCUACACUAUGAAUGCUGUCAGAAGGACAAGUGUAACAAAAGUGAUGGGACGCGUAUAACAGGGACCACACUUUUGCUGGUUACUCCGCUGCUUGCAGCAUUCUGGACACUUCUUAUCUAGAUAAAUACUAGAAGAGAGUCUAAACUCCCUGUCCCUCUGUAUUCCUUAUUUCCUUUGCUGCCACAAAAGCUUUAUAUAUUCUAACUGGAUCAUGUUGGGAAAGACUAAAAUUAGCUUGAGCAACUUGGAUGAGGAGGAGACUCAGGAACUUGAAGACCAGUCCUAUUUGCAGAGAAGGACCAUCUGAAGGAAGAAAUUUAAGAGUGAAGCACGUGUGAUGUGAGUUAGGUUACAUGCUUCUUCUCUGCUCUUUGACAGCUUGACUAGUUUCUUUGUAGUUGUCAGUUAUUUCCCCUCAUUCCUUGGAUGUAGUUAAAUAAUAUGAUCAGUACUUUUGGAGGGCAUGGGGCAGAAGGCUUCUUUUCAGCAAUCUGUCUCACAGGGAAUGCUUUCAUCCUCUCGCUUUAUGGCCCCUGGUUGCCCUGUAGGCAUGGUGAAUGUUCCAGAUGUGGGCUGUCAGGGGCAAGGAGAUUUGAAAUGCAGAGUGAUUGGAAUAACUGUUAUAUUCUCAACUAGAAGGUGCCUGGCAGAGUAGGAGGUAAGCUUUCCAAGUGGCAGGGCAUAGAAACACCAGGUUUGUCUUUAGAGAGGUACUAGUGGCUGAAAUCUGAAUUUUCUUCUGUCCCUAAAUUUUGUAUGGGCUUUGCUAUCUUUCUCUAAAAAAACUUGACCACAUAAAUUAGUGGUGUGUUAAAACUAUUCCCCUCCCUUUUUCAUUGGAAUGAUGGCAUAUUUUUGCUUUGUUACAUACAGUUCAAGACUAAAUAUUUGAACAUUCUGUGCAAUAUGCGAUUUAUAGUAUUGUUUGCUUAUUUUAAGUAUUAUUAGUGGGAAUCCACUUAUAUGUAUUCCUGUUGUAUGAAUGCAAUGGGAAGAGCCUCUGGGGUUGCAGUUGAGACCUUCUCAUGUCAUCAUGAACAGCAACAGAUCCGUAGGGAUAUGUUUCACCUGCUGACAUCAAGCCUGUUGACUCGUAGCUGACGUAGCACAGAUUGUGUGAAAUUCAUUUGUAAAGGCUAUUAGCAUACUCACAAAUGUCGAGGCUUUCAGAAGCUCUACCCGUUUCCUAAAAAGUAACACCCCUUUUCAGGAGAGCAAAGUUUUGCAUUUUUCUUGUGAGUGCUGGUGAAUAAGUCUCAAGAUCCAGUAGACUUAAUGACCUUUAUAGUCUUAUAAUCUCGGCUGCAUCUAACAGAGCCUGACUUUUGCAGAUGAGAGUGGGAUUUCUUGAUUAACGUUUUUUUAAAUGCCUUGACUAUGUAAUCUGUUAGAUAAAGUGGAAUCAAUGUUGCCUUUUUGAAAAUAAAAUAUAAUCAAAUGCA